CAGGGACAGCGUCAGUGUCGGCAGCCGGGAUGGAUUUGGCGGUGGCGGCGGCCGGGGCCGGGGGAGCGGCGCAGCAGCACCAGCAGCUCCGCGAUGAGGUGGCCGAGAAGUGCCAGAAGUUGUUCCUGGACUUCCUAGAGGAGUUCCAGAACAGCGAUGGGGAGGUGAAGUACCUGCGUGACGCUGAAGAGCUGAUCCGGCCGGAGCGGAACACGCUGAUCGUCAGCUUUGCGGAUUUGGAGCAGUUCAACCAGCAGCUCUCCACCACCAUCCAGGAGGAAUUUUACAGGGUUUAUCCUUACCUCUGUCGAGCAACAAAGACUUUUGCCAGAGACCAUGGGAAUGUUCCCUCAAACAAGGACUUCUAUGUUGCAUUCCAAGACCUGCCUACCCGACACAAAAUUCGGGAGAUGACCUCGGCGAAGAUCGGCUCCCUGAUGCGCAUCAGUGGGCAGGUGGUUCGGACCCACCCCGUGCACCCGGAGCUGGUGAGUGGGACCUUCCUGUGCCUCGACUGCCAGACAGUCAUCAAAGACGUGGAGCAGCAGUUCAAAUACACACAGCCCAACAUCUGCAGGAACCCAGUCUGUGCCAACAGGAGGAGAUUCCUGCUGGACACGAACAAAUCAAGAUUUGUUGAUUUCCAAAAGGUCCGCAUCCAGGAGACGCAGGGGGAGCUGCCGCGGGGCAGCAUUCCCCGCAGUGUGGAGGUGAUCCUGCGCGCCGAGGCCGUGGAGUCCGCCCAGGCGGGUGAUAAGUGUGACUUCACCGGCUCGCUCAUCGUCGUGCCUGACGUGUCCCAGCUCUCCACUCCAGGGCUGCGUGCCGAGACCGGCUCCCGGCUGACGGGGACGGAGGGCUACGAAACCGAGGGGAUCCGAGGGCUGCGCGCCCUGGGGGUCCGGGAACUCUCCUACAAACUGGUGUUUCUGGCUUGUUACGUUGCACCAACAAAUCCACGGUUUGGUGGAAAAGAGCUCAGAGAUGAAGAACAGACUGCAGAGAGCAUUAAAAACCAGAUGUCUGUGAAAGAGUGGGAAAAGGUUUUUGAGAUGAGCCAAGACAAGAACCUUUACCAUAACCUGUGCACCAGCCUCUUCCCCACUAUCCAUGGUAAUGACGAAGUGAAACGUGGGGUCCUGCUGAUGCUUUUUGGAGGAGUUCCUAAAACCACUUCAGAGGGCACUUCACUGCGUGGGGACAUCAAUGUUUGUGUUGUUGGUGAUCCAAGUACAGCCAAGAGUCAAUUUCUAAAGCACGUGGAUGAGUUCAGCCCCCGUGCUGUUUACACCAGCGGCAAAGCCUCCAGCGCCGCGGGUCUGACGGCGGCUGUUGUGAAGGAUGAGGAGUCCCACGAGUUUGUCAUCGAAGCUGGAGCCCUGAUGCUGGCGGAUAACGGGGUUUGUUGCAUUGAUGAGUUCGACAAGAUGGAUGUGCGGGAUCAGGUGGCCAUCCAUGAGGCCAUGGAGCAGCAGACCAUAUCCAUCACCAAAGCAGGAGUGAAGGCCACCCUGAACGCCAGGACCUCCAUUUUGGCUGCAGCAAACCCGGUUGGUGGGCGCUACGACAGAUCCAAGUCCCUCAAACAGAAUAUAAACCUCUCGGCUCCCAUCAUGUCUCGCUUUGAUCUCUUCUUCAUCCUUGUGGAUGAGUGUAAUGAGGUGACGGAUUACGCCAUCGCCAGGCGCAUCGUGGACCUGCAUUCCAGAGUGGAAGAGUCUGUGGAUCGUGUCUAUUCCUUGGAUGACAUCAGAAGGUAUCUGCUGUUCGCCAGGCAGUUCAAACCAAAGAUAUCCAAGGAGUCUGAGGACUUCAUAGUGGAGCAGUACAAGCGGCUGCGGCAGCGCGACGGGGCCGGGGUGACCAAGUCGUCGUGGAGGAUCACGGUGCGGCAGCUGGAGAGCAUGAUCCGCCUGUCCGAGGCCAUGGCCCGCAUGCACUGCUGUGACGAGGUUCACCCAAAACACGUGAAGGAAGCUUUCAGGCUUUUAAAUAAGUCCAUCAUUAGAGUUGAGACUCCUGAUGUCAAUUUAGACCAAGAUGAUGAGCAGCAAAUGGAGGAUCAAGAGGACCAAGAUGGAGUCAAUGGUGAGGCAGAGGCUCCAGCUGGGGUCAAUGGCCUUGUGAAUGGGCUCAAUGGCCAUCCUGAGGAUGGGAACAAGGAUGCUGCACCCAAAGCUUCUCUUAGAUUGGGCUUCUCUGAGUACAGACGGAUUUCCAACCUGCUGGUGCUGCACCUCAGGAAAGCAGAGGAAGAAGAGGACGAUUUGUCAUUAAAGAAAAGUGAACUUAUUAACUGGUAUCUAAAGGAAAUUGAAUCUGAAAUUGAUUCUGAAGAAGAACUAAUAAAUAAAAAGAAGAUCAUAGAGAGGGUCAUUCACCGACUCACCCAUUAUGACCACAUUCUGAUAGAACUGUCCCAGUCUGGACUGAGAGGAUCCAGAGAAGAGGAGACUUUUGAUGAAGAUCCAUUCCUGGUUGUCAAUCCCAACUAUCUGCUGGAAGACUGAGGGCUGGGAGCUGAGUGCUUACAAGCUGGAAAAGGCAUUCUUUUCUUGCAGGGGUUGCUGUACAGCUGACUCCCUGAAUUCCCAUGGAUGUGCCAGUGUGUGGUCAGUAAAAUGGGAUUGCUCAUUCACACUGAGAAUACAUGGAAAGUUGUUAAAUUUAUAUAUUGGUUUCAUUAUUAAUUCUGACUUUCAGUGCUGUCUUCUGGAUGCAGAAGAAAAUCACCCAAUGGCUUUUUUUUUCAUCAAACUAUUUUAGGUGCUUCUGUUUUAAAUGAGAGGAAUUGUUCUGUGUCACUUAGUAGACUUUUUAUGGUAUAUGUUUUUAUUGUUCUUCUUAUUAACACGAAUAAAAGCUCGUUAAGUGCCUGGGGGUGGAUUGCUGUUACUCACAUGUGGGAUUGCUGUUUUUCCAUGCCUGUGCUUUGAGGCUGAAAAAGUAGUGAUCUAAAGAUUAAAUUUCCUGGAUGACAGAUGCUGCUUUUUAGGAAGUGUUUUUUUUUUUUUUUUUUAAACUUCCAGUAAUGGAUAGUGAGAAACUGAUUGCUCCUCUUUCUUUUUAGAUGGACUAAAGAUGUGCAUGGUCCUGUUGCAUAUGUAAAGUAGAAAAUUGAAAACAAUAGCCAAGCCUGAUGCGAGGUUUAAAGUCAGGAGGGCAGAAACCCCCAUCUUGAAUGUCUUGGCCUGUAAGUUGAAAACUGCCACCAUUUGUGAGGGAUUUUUUAAGUUUAUAUUUGUAAACCUGGUUUUAGAUGUUUUUAUAAGAAAGCUUCACUUAAAUUUCUGCUGUUCUCAGUUUUUUACUGUAAACUAUGGGAUUAUUAAAUAAUUCGAUUAAGAAUUAAAAAUACCUGGAUAUUUGUCUUGUCAGCUUGAUACCAGCAGCUAAGAAAAUUUGUAAUAGAAUCAAAAGACACCAAAGCUAUACCUUUUAAUUAGAAAUAGUGGGAAACACCUGUCUCAGGUUCACAAGUGGAGGUGGUUUGUAAGGUGUUUUCCCUGUUAGACUCUCCCAGCUCUGGGGAGAUUUGCCUUGGUCUAAACUAAGCAUGUCACUAAAGAUAACAGUUAUAUUUAAGGAUUGGAGACUGUCAUAAAUGUCUGUAACCAACAACAACACUGCCACAUCACCGGGCCCUGACUCCAACUGCAGGAAUUUCUUUCAUAAACCACUUCUAGGCAAAUGCUCCAUUUCACUGAGCAUUGCCACCCACCUGCAACAAGAGUUUCAUGUCAUUCUGUAUUGUCCCUUUCCUUUCAAAAUAAGGACAGCAAAAUUUAUGUACUUGGUUAUGUGUUUCCCUCUCCCCUCCUUCAGUCUUUCUUUGAUAAUAAAUAUUCUUCACGUA